AUGACAGUAUCCGCUGGGGCAGCUGACUCGAACAGCAAUGUAGCCGGCAACGAAUCCUCAUCCAUUUUGUUGGGCAUCGUAGAAGAAAUUAUCUAUAGCCCCUUAAAUUUAGCACUUGUGGCAGUCAUAGUAUUUCUUUUUUACAAAAUUGUAAAGGAUCGCUAUGAAGUACCCAGGGACAGAUCCGGUGAAGGUGCUUCCCAAAUACCUGAGCUUCCUAAAUUGCGACGAGAUUUUACCAUACAGGAGUUGCGUGCAUAUGAUGGAAAUGGACCGGAUGGUAGAAUACUUAUAGCAGUAAAUGGAACUGUAUAUGACGCCACAAAAGCAAAACGUUUUUACGGUCCAGGCGGGCCAUAUGCGUCAUUUGCUGGCAGGGACGCGUCACGCAAUUUGGCAACCUUUAACGUCGAACCCAAUAAUAAAGAAGAAUAUGAUGAUCUAAGUGACUUAAAUGCUAUGGAAAUGGAUUCUGUGCGAGAAUGGGAGAUGCAAUUCAAAGAAAAAUACGAUCUUGUGGGCAAAUUACUACGUAAAGGUGAGCAACCUACUAACUAUGACGACGAGGAAGAAGACUCCAAUGAAAUUGUCACAGAAGUCAACGCGACUUCCUCUGCUCCCACCACAAAUGCAAGCAACAAUGAUGACGGUGUUCGGAAGCGUGUGGCUAACUCGACCGAUGAGGAAGUUAAAUAAAUAGUAGUUAUCUUUCAAAUAUUUGUUUUGGGUUCCCAAUUGAUAGAUUUACAAAAAUUUUAGUUUACUAAAAGAUAUUUAAUUAAAACUUUAAAAACCCUCUGCUGAACAUUUUUACGAUGGUUAUCAGUAGAUAAAUGAAAGAUAAAAAAAUCGCAAAUAUUUAAGCAAUUGCAAUUCUCAUUUGAUUUUAUGCACAGCUUAGAUGGAAUUACGUAAAUUGUGUCUUAUUUGUGUUAUCAAGCAUAUACAUACAUACAUAUAUACAAAGCAUAUGCGGGAUUGUGGUUGAUUUAGAAAUCAGAAAAUUACUUGGCUAAAUUAAGUAUCUUUAAAAUAAAAAAAAUCUAAAAAUUAAGAUGUUUAGGGAAGGUAUUGGCAAAAAUGAAGAAAUCCAGCCCGAAAUGUCAUUUACUUAAUUUUACAUAUAACACAAUAUAUGCGUCUUUAGAUGUAAACUUUAAUUCCGACGAACUAUAUACAUACAUAU